UAAUCUCGUCAUCCCUCCUCUCACUCUCGCGUCUCAGUCUCACUUCCUGCUCUGAUCUUCUCACACAACCCAGCGAGUGUCUUCCCCUGUUCAUCGGCUCCGCUUCAGAAAAUCCCAACUUCAGCUCUAGUUUCGCGUCAUCGUGAUCUUAUUAGUUGUGAGGAGAUCCAGAAUACAUGCCAUGAAUAUGUCAGAAUCAGAGGAAGCUAAGAGGAUGCUGGACUCCGCGGAAGAUCUGUCCGAGGAAGGUUACGAAAACUGCAGCAGUAGUAACAGUAAUGGCGGUGAUACGAAGAAGACUUGCUUUGAUUGCGGUACGAGUAAGACUCCACUAUGGCGAGGUGGCCCCGCCGGACCUAAGUCGCUGUGCAAUGCAUGUGGGAUCAAAAGCAGGAAGAAGAGGCAAGCGGCACUUGGGAUAAGAACAGAGGAGAAGAGGAAAAACAGAAGAACAAACAGCAGCAGCAACAAUCUAAGCAUAGGCAAUCAAAGCAUGAAGAAGAGCAACCACAGAGACGCGACAAGUUGCAGUAAUGAGAAGAAGAAGAAGAAGAAGAGUAAUAGCAAAGGAUUAUUAGAGGAUGUAGGGUUUAAGGUUCCGGUAAUGAAGAGAUCAGCAAUGGAGAAGAAGAGGGUGUGGAUGAAACUUGGGGAGGAGGAGAGGGCAGCCGUUCUCUUAAUGGCCCUCUCUCAUGGCUAUGUUUACGCCUGAGGCUUGUUUAUUUUUUUACUAUAUAAUGUUCUAAUGAAAUAUGUAUUUGAGCUCAAAUUGUUUCUAUCCCCAUCUAAUGUUGUAAGUGAAGUGUUGUCCCGCUUCUUACUUGUUCUGUUUAUUUGUCUCUGACUGAGUUAGGUCAGGUGACAGGACAAAUGAAAUGGGUUCAAGCCCACUAAUUCAUAUC